AAUAUUUUCCAGAACUUUGUAUACCUGAAGCAGUACCCGUAGAGAUUCUUUACCCAAUAUCAUCCAGCAGUACUCCUAUACAAACAUCCACUGAAGUCACAAAAUCAGUAAACCCCGUUCCUCUGGCACCACAACGAAAUGACCUUGGAGUGGUCAAUCAACGACUUAUAGCAGCAGCGAAAAAUCAGAAUUUACAACGUAAAGUUCUUAAUCGUGUUGAAAAUCCUAUUAUACGCGAGCAUGCUAAUAACACAGCAAGG